ACAUGCUAAGGUUCCAUCCAAUCCUCCUGCUGCUGCUAUUGGUCCUUUCAGAAUGGCAUGGAACGCUGGAUUCCAGAAUGCUUAACCUGACUGAGCUCCAGGAAUGGAGCUGUGGGGGAUCAUUGGCUGCGUCUUCAUGGUCCUACUCAUUCUAGCGGCGGUGCUGUCCAACGGCAUGGUGCUGAUCUGCUUCCUGAGCUGCACGGACAUUCGAGCUCAGGUCCCUGGUUUAUUUAUUCUUAACCUGACCCUGUGUAAUCUGCUCCUGGCAGUGAUCAACAUGCCCCUUACCUUGGUAGGGGUCAUACAUGGUCACCAGCCCGGGGGAGAAGGUCUCUGCAGGGCAGUGGGUUUCUUGGAAACUUUUUUGACCAGCAACUCCAUGCUGAGUAUGGCAGCCCUGAGCAUUGAUCGCUGGGUGGCCGUGGUGUUCCCUUUAAGUUAUCACUCCAAAAUGAGGUACCAGGAUGCUGCACUCAUCCUACUUUACUCUUGGAUCCACUCAUUGUCCUUCCCAACUGUAGCUCUUUGCCUGUCUUGGGUCGGGUUCCACCAGACGUAUGGGUCUUGCACACUCUACAACAGGAAACCAGAGGAAGGCGCCUCUUUCAUGGCUUUCAUGGUCCUCUUCCACCUCCUCAGCUUUCUCCUUUCCUUUCUGGUCCUGUGUGUUACCUACCUACAGGUCCUCAAAGUAGCUCGCUCCCACUGUAGAAGGAUUGAUGUGAUAACAAUGCAGACAUUGGUACUACUAGUAGACUUGCACCCAAGGUAGGUUCAUCCCCCAUCUAUAACUCCCCAAAAAAUCGUCCCAUCCUUUAAUAAAUGUUAAUUUCCUGGUUUAGUAGAUUGCUCUCUUUUGCUAUGUUGUUUUGAAAAUAUUAUAACUAAAGCAAAUCAUAUUACUUUAACUGGGAGCUCUAUAAAGGUGCCCCAGUUGUCAUGCCUCUUGCCUUUGCAAGCGUGUAUAUUAACCAUCUUAGUGCCAGUGGGCAUGGGAGGAGGGCUUAGCCCCCCACGCCCACCAAAGCCACUCACGUGUUCAAGUAAGACCUGGACAGCAUAUGACAAGAUGAGGGGAAUGUUUAGUGAAGAUAUGGUGUAUGUGUUUGACUCAUUUGAUCACAUCUGGAGGUCAUUUACAUUAUGCUCAUUUGAGUAGAACAGGUCAAGCACAAUUGUCUUGGACAAAACCUGACAAAGGUAAUAUUUCACAGAACUGGGCUAGGAAACAUGUUUUUAUUAGGAUUACCAGUGAUUAAGGUCUGUAUGCUUUCCUGUCUGUCUUUAUAUUUUUAAUCAACACAACUGCAAUCUGCUCAUGAGAUUUACAAAAAUAAAUAAAAGAUAGAUGAAUAGACAGACAGACAGGCAGACAGACAGACAGACAGACAGACAGAUAGAUAGAUAGAUAGAUAGAUAGAUAGAUAGAUAGAUAGAUAGAUAGAUAGAUAGAUAGAUAGUGUAAGGAAAUAGGACUGAUGGUAGCAACAAUUUUGAUUGUGUAGCAGAGGCAAUGUAAUUAUCUCAAGUCAUAAUUAAAUGGUAUCUUUUGUGUCCUAAUAUAUUCCAUUCGCUCAGCUGCUUUCUCCAGUUUCAAGUUUCAUGAACAAGACCAUUUGUUUGUAAUAUUGUAAGAAAAACCAACUAUUAUUUGCAAUUAUUAUUGAUGCACCAAUAAUUUAGAAGGAUAUUAUGAAACAAGAAACAGAGCAAAAACUAUCUUUUAAAAUGAAAAAAAUGGGAAUGAAAAAGCUUAGUUCUGAAGAAAUGCCUGAAAGGUGUCCCGGUUAGUCUCAAAAAUACAUAAAAGAAUAUUAUACUGUAUAAAUGUGCACAGGGACUGUACAGCUUGCUUUCUGAUUACCUGUUCAUUAACAGGACUGUACAUAUAUCAAUGGACUUGAAGAAAGAUUUGAGGAGAGAAUUUUAUAGUAUAGAUUUAUCAUAUACAGUGCCAAAAAAAAAGGCCUGCAUGCAAUUUUUGAAAAAAGUCUAUUCUGGACUAUAAAAGCCAACAUACAUAUUUUUCUCUGUUUAUCAUGGGUUUCUUAUGCAAUGGAUUAAUAAAUACCACUUUGAAGAUACUAACUAUACUAUGAAUUGUAGCAAAUUAAAAUCUGAAUGGUAAACUUUAGGUUCAAAUAGCCAAGCUGAGUCUACAGCAAUGUUGAAGAAUUCCAGUGUCUGUUUAAAUGCUGCCAUUCUGACAUCAAUUUACUGUAAUACAGAGUGUGAAAACCUGAAGCCACGUGUCCAUUGUGCGUGUUCCGUGUGAAUGUUUGUAAUUACAGUUCAUUUCACAGGUUCACACCUCCAGGUGGUAGGAUCAACUCAGCUCACCCUUUAAUCCUUACAAGUCAGCGUGCCAAUAUAAGCAGUAAUACUGAUAUUAUUAACAGGCAGUAUUAAAAUGUAGUUUAAAUAUAUCCAGUUUUGGAGAUUAUCGUAACAUUGAUAAAUGCGGCAAGUACAAGAUACUUUUUAUAUAACGGUUUAUUUAUUUUGGUAUUACUUUUAAGUCAAAAUUAAGUUUUUUUUUUCCAUCUAUCCCCUUCUAAAAAAAAUGCGGUAUCAAGAGGUAUUUUUGGAUUGAACUGCAGGCAGAGCUUCUGAUGAGUUACCUUUUCAGCUUGUCCUAGUUUUCAGAUACAAAUCAGAGCUGAGAUGUAGUGGUGUUCAUUAUACUGGGCUCCUGACAGAAUGAGGCAAGUGUUGGCACUCCAAGUAUUGUGGACUGCAUCUCCCAUAAUGCUGUACAGCUAUAAUGCUGGCCAAGCAUCAGGGGAGGUGUAGUUCACAACAUCUGGAGUGCCAAAAGUUACCUAGCAAUGGUAUAGGGUUUAACUGUGCACUUUGCAAAAGACAUCGACACAACUAAAGUGCAUUUGAAAGUUUAUGACUUAUAUUCAUGCUGGUGUUCUCUCCCUAUUCAAAUAUCGUUAGCUUUCCCAAAAAACACAAUAUUUGCAACUUUAUGCAGCAAAACCCCACCCAUUUAGCCACACCUCCUUAUUUCACAAAAUAUAUUCCUGACUGAUCUUAACUUCACUGUACGUACACAGCUCAGCCAGUGAGAGAUCAAUGUGAUCUGAAGUGCUGAUAUUACCCAGUUAGCAUAUUAUUAUUAUUAUUAAGCGCCAACACAUUCCACAGCACUGACCAAGAAUGCAAAUUGGUUCAACUCAAAAGACAAAAGUACAAUAAAUCUAAGAGACAAUACAAAAUUUGACAAAAAAAAUAAACAGGAGGUGAUUGCCCUACGCCUGUGGGAACUUGCAAUCAAGAUGAAUAGGGGUAAGAAACAGGAGGUGGGGACUGGAAAUGUGAGAAUGAUAUUAAUCCAGAGUGAGAUGAGGGCAUUUAUCAUUUACAUGGAAUGCAUUACUUUCUUAGUUUCUGAGUUGAGUGGUAGGCUUUGAGGAACAAAAAUAUUUCUAGGGAGAGCAGACUAGGGGAAAGUUUGACAGUGUGGGUAAGUCUGUUUGAAAAGGUUGGGAAUACAUGAGAAAAAUCCUACAGUCUAGCAUGGGAAGAGGGGAUCAUUGUUAGAUAUUAGGGUGUGGGCUGGAGUGUAUUUGUUGAUUCAAGGGGACAGGUAGUGGGGAGUGGAGUUAAUGAGGACUUAGGAGGACUAAGUGAGCAUUAAGAGGUGCAGCAGAUAUAAAUCGACAGAUAAGGUGGAUGAGAUGAGGGAGAGAUGAAGGCCAGUUAGUAGGUUAUUGCAGUAGUUAAGACAAGAAAUAACAAGGAUGUGGACGUAUUGCUUAGUGAUGUCAGCUCUCAGAAACAGACACAUUUUGGAACCAUGUAGGUGGUUGCAGUAAGAUAAAGGAUAGAUUGGCAUUAAGUGUGGGGUUACCAGAUCCAGCCGUGAGGUAACCAGUGGUAAAGGGAAACAUUGCAAGCUUGUGUUGGGAUGUUGCUUCUGAUAAUGUGUUAAGAAACAGUCUGCAAAGUCUUGAGUGCUUAAGUUAGACAAGGGUGGUGGUGCAAGUUUGUAGAGGAGAGAUUUGAAAGAAGAGAAAAAAAGAGUUUAGUGUCGGAGGAAAGAGUAGAUAUAAGAAGAGAAAUAUGUUUGAUUGGCUAAGUGAAAGGCAGAAUUAUAUGAAUGGAGAACGUAAUGUCGAUCUGUAUCUAGGUCUUUAUCAAGCUUGAUAAAGACCUGGGUACAGGUCGAAACGUUGCGGAACCAUGAAAGCUUCUUUAAACGUCACAGUGAGUGCCUGAGAUUUUUUCUUUUAUAGUGUAAGUAUGAGACAGGAGAUGUUGAAUAAGUUUGGAAAAAUGGAGACAAUCUAUAGAUUUCUGCAGGUGGGGGCGAGGUGGAAGAUAAGUGGGUUUAGUCAAUACAUUGAGUUUAUGGGAAUGCAGGUACUGGUUUAAAAUAAGAAAAAGGCAAGAGCUAAAUUCAGAUAUUUUAGAUCCACUUUUUUCCUCACUAACUGAUUGGUGAAGGUCAGCGUCCUGAAGGUCCAAUCACGAAGAUAGGCGUUCUUUUAAAAAUUUUAUUUUCCCAGAUUCUGUUCCCCUGUAAGAUCCUUAACGGCGAAAAGCGCAUCAGGACUUUCAUAGAGUAUUGAGCUGAUCCAAUCGAUGUGGAAUGACAAGCACUGAGACUUUUCUGACACUAUCAGUUAUACUCUUCUUUUUAAAUUUAUUAUAAUUUAAUUCUUAUUUUUGUUCGUCUAUUUAAAUUUCUACUGAAAGAUCAUCACUAUCAGAGGUGGGAGGAGGGUAUUUAGAAUUUUUUAAGGGGUGCCCUCAAAGGCACAACAGAGUAGGAAAUUGUAUUAACUGCAGGAUACGAUUGCCGCUUUGUUCCCUGACUGAUACACUAUACAGCUCUCCUCCAGGCAAAAUAAGAGAUGAUACAAAUGUAGCAUUUACAGGUUACAUCUUGUUACAUUUAGGUGACAUAUAAUCUCUGCAUGGUGUUAAACCAAUCUUUCUUUAUUUGUAUUAAAGGACCACUAUAGGCACCCAGACCACUUCAGCUUAAUGAAGUGGUCUGGGUGCCAGGUCCAUCUAGGGUUAACCCUUUUUUUAAAUAAACAUAGCAGUUUUAGAGAAACUGCUAUGUUUAUAUUAGGGUUAAUCCAGCCUCCAGUGGCUGUCUCUUGACAGCCGCUAGAGGCGCUUGCGUGCUUCUCACUGUGAUUUUCACAUUGAGAAGAUGCCAGCGUCCAUAGGAAAGCAUUGAUAAUGCUUUCCUAUGGACUGGCUGAAUGCGCACGCUGCUCUUGCCGCGCAUGCGCAUUCAGCCGACGGGCAGGAGAAGAGGAGGAUCGGAGGAUGAGAGCUCUCCGCCCGGCGCUGGAGAAAGAGGUAAGUUUUACCCCUUUCCCCCUUCCAGAGCCGGGCGGGAGGGGGUCCCUGAGGGUGGGGGCACCCUCAGGGCACUAUAGUGCCAGGAAAACGAGUAUGUUUUCCUGGCACUAUAGUGGUCCUUUAAUUGGUUGUUUUUUUGUUCUAUGUACACAUGAACAGAUAUUUUAACAAAUUUAUUAAAAGUAAAGUUUUAUUCAAUUUAUUUUUGGGGUUACUCUCUGUCACCAAGGGUUUACCUUCUAAAUGGUUUCUCUAGGUGUUCUCUCUUUUUUCUUAUCACCAAAUUCAGAUAUGAUUCAGAUCAUUGUCCUUUUAUUCUUGUAAUAGUAUUUUAAUGCCAUGCGAAGAGGUCCAGGGGGCAGAAUAUAGGAGGGCAUUGAUUGACUGUGAAAUCCUACUCUGUUGCAUAGAAAUAAAGACUGACAAAAGACUCAAGUCCACCAAGGUUUAUGUUUCUGUUAAUGGACCAAAAGAAAGAAAAAAAAAAUCUAAAUUUGUGGUGAUUUGCAGUUUUCCCAUAAAAUGGGAAACUAAAUCAUUCUUAACUCUAAAAUGGAAGUGAGAUUUGUACUUGAAUCAACAAGCUCUUACCCCACAUAUUAACUGUUAUAUAACUGAAUAUUAUGUUUCUCAAAAAAAAGCAUGCAAAUAUUUUUCAAACAUCUGUAGAGCCUGAUAAGACAACCUAUUUAGGGUGAUGAUUCCAUAUCUCUGAGGUCCUUAAUGUAAAGAAAUCGUAGCUCAAAACAUAACCACUUUAAUACCGAGAGAGGAAGGGCUGAAUAUUAGGCUCCUUCUCAGUUAAUUCUUGAAAUCUAAACAUAACCAGUUAAAUACAGAGAGAGGAAGGGGUAUUCUGGUAACUCAGACCAGGCUCUUAGCUCUAUGGUAAGCAAAAUUUAUUUUCUGCUAGUCUAAAUUUGUGACAUAAUUUCCUUUGUUUAGCACUGUUGAUUUUAUUAGUUCAAAAAUGGAUCAGACUAAAUAUUAAUCACAGUGUAAGAGCAAUAGAAUAUUCUCUUUAAAAAAUACUGUACAAUACACAUCUCUAAGUGUCUGAUGGGUUUCAGUUCAGUAUGUAUUGAUAGAAUGGCCAUCAAUUUGGUAAUGAACCUAGUCCUCAUUGGGAACUUCCAUGCCUCCUCAGGUUCUCCUGGGUAAAUAGAUUACUUCAAUGGAGGAAGAAAAGAGGUAAGUGCUUUAGCAGUAUUUCUGAUAGAAAUACUUUAGAACUUAAAAGGCCUUUAACCCUGAUUUUUUUAAAACGUACUGUCCCUUUAUGACAUAUUUUAUAAAGGAAGUUCACUAUGCUGCAACAUUCUCUCUUUAAAACAACCAUUUGGAGUAGACAUUACCUGCUAAUUAUAUGAAUAUAUUGAACAUUUUAAAUCACAGUCUAAUCAAAAGAGACCUUGUAAGUUUACCUAUCUUACUGAACUGAUAUCUAAUUUGUCAUGUUUAUUCACCAUCAAUGAACCCAGUUUUGGUGUGAUUAGAUGUCAGUUUGACAAUUAAUAAAAAUGUGUGCCGAUGUGGGUUUCAGUAUUCUGUCUUGGUAUAUUCCCACAGUUCUGUAUUUUCCAGUAGCUGCCAGCCAGAACAGAUGUAUUAAUUGUCCGUAAAGGCCUACAUUCUAAUAUGUGAUGAUCAUUAACCCCAGGAGAAGAAAAGCAGUUGUUGGCUAGGGAGCCGUAAUCGAAAUGAUUACAUGUAGAAUAGAAAUAAAUAAGGAAUUGGCGGUGAUACAAAUUUCUAAUGAACAUCACGGGAUGACUAUUUUAUAUGUAUUUUUUAUAGUUUCCUAAAUUAAAAUGCAUUUCAUUUCAUUUAGCAUUUCAUGAAAUAUUGAACUUGAUGUUGGACCAUGUUCAGUUCUAUCAUUAUUAAAACAAAAAGCCAAAGUAUAAUCAUUUCUCAUACUCUAACUUAGGGGUAACAAGGAAUUACUGAAAAGAAUGGACGUCAGUUCCCUUUCAACGUAAUGAAUUCACUUUUAUCUGAAUUCAAACAAAGAAACACAAUGAUAUGUGUCCUAUUGAUAACAUAUCUAUAGCAUUUGUGUGCCAGAAGGAAAUGAAACUGUUUUGGCUAAAUUGUCAAUGGAAUACAUUUUGAAUUUGCUUAGUGAAUACCAGACUCCUUCUCAGUUAUUGAAAUCUAAACAUAACCACUUAAAUACAGAGAGAGGAAAGGGUAUUCUGGUCACACAGCUUCUACAUUUUUAUAUGUAUUUUACAAGAGAUAUAUAUUUACAUAUUUACAUAGCUGAAAAGAGACUUGCGUCCAUCAAGUUCAGUCUUCCUCACAUAUGUUUUUGCUGUUGAUCCAAAAGAAGGCAAAAAAAUUUAGUCUGAAGCGCUUCCAAUUUUGCAACAAACUAGGAAAAAAUUCCUUCUUGACCCCAAAAUGGCAGUCAGAUGUCUCCUUGGAUCAAGCAGCUAUUACCCCACUAAUUAGAAUUUAUAUUCCUGUAUGUUAUGUUUUUGCAAGUAUUUAUCCAAUUGCAGUUUAAACAUUUGUAUGGACUUUGAUAAAACCAUAUCUUCAGGCAGAGAAUUCCGUAUCCUUAUUGCUCUUACUGUUAAAAAAAACUUUUCUUUGCCUUAGAUGAAAUCUCCUUUCUUCCAGCCUAAAUGUGUGACCUCGUGUCCUAUGUAUAGCCCUGUUUAUGAAUAGAUUUCCUGAUAAUGGUUUGUACUGGCCCCAAAUAUAUUUGUAAAAUGUUAUCAUAUGCCCUCUGAGGCGCCAUUUUUCCAAACUAAAGAGAUUUACAUUUUUUAACCUUUCUUCGUAACUAAAAUGCUCCAUUCCUUUUAUAAAUUUUGUAGCUCGCCUCUGCACUUUUUCUAGUGCCAUGAUAUCCUUCUUUAGAACAGGUGCCCAAAAUUGCACAGCAUAUUCAAGGUGUGGUCUUACCAGCGAUUUAUAAAGAGGAAAAAUUAUAUUUUCCUCCUGAGAAUUUAUGCCCCUAUUUGUACAUGACAAAACCUUACUGGCCUUAGCAACUGCAGAUUGGCAUUAGGCAUACUGCUGCCUAAUUUGUUGUCUAUUACAAUUCCCAAAUCCUUCUUGUGUGUGAUUAUCCCUAAUUCACUACCAUUUAGGGUGCAAGUUGCUUGUGCAUUCUUGACCCCGAAGUGCAUAACUUUGCAUUUCUCUAUAUGUCUUUUACUUGUCUUGCACUGGAAGCCUAAAAUAAUAACUCCAUAUUCAGCCUUUCUGUAUAAAUUAAUAUAAAACGUUACUCUGGAUUGUUUUGGUUUGUGGAAGCAGUCAUAGUAGCACACUCAGUGGAACUUCCUGGCAUUGUACAUUAUUGUAGCAAGGAGGUACAAUGACACAGGCAUAGCAAUCACAGAACAUGCUCCUUUUCAGCAGGGUAAUCCUCAGGUCUUAGUGGUGUAUCCCAUACAAUUACCUCUUUUGCCAAAAAUAGGUCAAUUCCCCUCAUUAGAGUCUAAAUCACCUGUAGUAAUGUGAACACAUGUAAAACCUGCCACUAGUUACAUAGUUUUCAUAAGAAUGAAAAAUGAUAUUAUCUGACACAUAUUAAACUGAGUGCAUGAAGUUGCUUGCCUUCCUGGCCUAAAGUUUUUUUUUUGGAUGAAGCUUGUGUGAGUUAAUACAUACAUCUGAUGUAAUGCCAUGGUGAGGCAACCACUUGCUAAACAGCUGGUGUAACAUAUAAAUUCAAUCAAUCUCAGUGAUUGGCUAAGACUGAUUCAAAUGUUAGUCAACAAUAGGUUUAUACAGAGAGUCACCAUUUUAGCAGACUUACAAACAUGAAUACUUAUAUUAGGUAGCGCCUGAUAUAAUACAAUAUAGUCCUAAAUUGUUUUUUUAUAUGAAUCUCCAAAUGACAUUAGAAACAUUUGAUUGGACAAUACUGACAAGGAAGUAAUUGUUGGACAAAAAGGGGUGGAUAUUUAUUAGCUACAGAUGCCAGUUCUGCAGUUAAUAAUUGAUAGGUUUUUGUAGGAUUUAGAAUUAUUUGUGCAAAUGUUCUAAAUGAAAAUUUUGCAACAAACAAUCUGUGCAUUAAUAAUAUGCAUUUGACACAUAGUUUCCCUUUAAGUGAAUUAGCAGCUGAUUAAUCUUUACUAUGGAAAGAAAAUGGCCAAGAGCAGACAGAGCUAGCAUAACUACAUGUUCAGGCUCUGUUACCAGUGAGUGUUACUAACAAUCUGAUUAUUACUUAAUGUCUAAUUUGUAAAUAUAGAGUGGGAGUUUUGUAGGUUGAGGAAUCAAAUAUGAAAAAAAAAAUAAGUAUUUAUCCGUUUUAGAUCAGGAUAAUUAACAAACAAUAACUAACUUAUAUUAGGUAGAAUAUGAUGCACAGUUUAUUGCAUGUUCAACAUUCAAGAAAAGCAUGAAAAAUAGAACAAGAAGCAUAAUUCCAAUUACAUGAAAUGAAUCCCUUAUUUAAAAUGUUACUGAAAAAUGUAAAUACCUUCAUCCCAAGCCAUCAAUAGUCUGCCUUGGGCUCACUGAGCAUCUGUAUACUAAUCGCUUGUAUGUUUCUCCAAGCUACAAUGUAUGAUGUCAUAAUGAUAUGAUGUCAUGAUGAAAGUAAGUCAUAAUGAAAAUGUAGUGACAUCAGAUGCGUAGCAAGAGGAAAAUGAAUGGAUGUGACGUACUUGUGGUAUACACUAUUUAUUUAUUUUGCGAUCACAUUUAAUUGUGAUGAAUUUGAACAUUGUCUGGGUUCUUUACUAUUUUGUGAGAAUUCCAUGUGAAUUCUAAAACUAGCCAAAGUGGAAAAAUUCUUUAAGUCAGCUGUGCUUUCAGUUUGGCCACUCUGGCCUUAAAUUUGAAAUUCACUUUGAAUUCUCACUUUAGUGAAAAAAACUGAAUGUCUUAACCCAAUUUAAUCUUCAACUUGAUCGGCAUUAGUAGGACACAACUUAUCUAAACCCCAGUUUUGCAUCAAAUGAGUGUUACCUUGUAUAUUUUUCUGAUUAACUGAGAAAAUAGCUUAUCUGAUGCUGCCCAGGAUUUUAUUUUGUGUAAAGAUCAUAUCAUUGCAUGGAGAAUGUCUUAUUGUCAUGCUCCUCUUUAUAAAUACUUAAUUUCAAUUCAUUGAUGUUUGUUUCCUGUUCCGUUUCCUGUGUAUACGGUGUGGGGAGAAUUACAUUGUGAAAAUGUCUGUUUGAGGAUACAAUUGUUUUAUUAUAGUCUGUGGGAGAAUUUAAUGGUAAGCUCUAUUCUAACAUUUUCACAGCUAUAGAAGUCUUCACUAUAUGUGCAGUAAUGCAAUGCGUGCAUAAUGACUUGUGACUUGUGAAAACAAUUUAUUCAGAUCAGCAGCAUAGAACCAGGACUCAACACCCUAAUUGUGAAUCCCAUAGCAACCUCUGGCAGAGAUAUCUCCAGAUCCGGAUAAGACAAUCCCUAUUAGACUUCCGAUACAGAUAUAAACAACAAGGAUACCAUGAAUCCCUCACCGUGAAUUGAUCUUGAUUGCCGCUUUUCCUUACUUCUCACAUUUUCUGCCUUUUUUUCUCUGAAUUGUAAGUUUGUAAAAAUAAAAUAAAAAUAUAUGUAAGACAGACAGACAGAUGAAUGGACAGAUGGACGGAUGGACAGACAGACAUAGACAGACAGACAUAGAAAGAUAGAUAGAUAGAUAGUGUACAACCGAGUGUAAAGUCAGAGUCCACACUCCUUGUUUUCGGCAAUUUAAUAAUAUUUAUUAAGAGGCUAAUCAAACAAAUAAUCAAUACAUAUACAUUUGAAAUAGGCUAGUAAGGGGCGUGGCUAGCUGUACAACUGACUGGACGCGUUAGUGAUUAGCUCCGGCUUCAAAAAACAAAAAAAACGACUAAAUUGCCACGAAAUAGUAAAAUGUUUGCUCAACAAACUUACCUACUACAAAUCUGACCCCCUGACAGAGUGAUGGGGUGCAAGCAUCAUAAGCUGUUACACUCAGAGAGCUCCCAGCUGCCCGACAUACGCAGGUCCUUUGAUAGGCCACAGCACCAGGCCCAAACUAAGAUGGUGCUCGGGAGGACACAGGACUCAAGUGAGUCUGAGGAAUCGCAGGAUGAAGAGAGGCUCGCGGUUCCGCAGGCCCGGGGUGGAGUAUACCACGGAGCCGACUCAGUCACUGAUCCCUCCUUAAAAAAAUUGUUAUUGGAUCUACAAGAGUUCUGGAAGACAGAUCUGGCCAGAGUGCAAGCUGAGGUGGGAGGCAUCUCCAGGCAAAUCAGGGGGGUAGAGACCCGAGAGGGGGAAAGGGAUGGUCGCCUCACAGAGACUCGCUCCCAAGUGUAGUCUCUCUCCCAACGGAUUCAACUUCUUACCCACUCCUUGGCCAUGCUGGAGGUGUGGCAUCACAGGAGGAAUGUGAGGAUACACUGGGCAUCUGAGGCAGUAGACUAGGAGGCCUUGCUAUAUUUAGCUAAUCAGGUGGCAGUAGUGCUGGAAGUGAAAGGAAACAGCAAAGCCUUACCUAUUAUGUCAGCAUUCCAAAUCCGUUAGGAGCCCGCUGCCCCUGCGGAUGCCCCCAGAGACAUAAUUGCAGUCACUCGCGAUGUCUCCAUGAAAAUUGCGAUUCUGGCCCACUUGAGAAACCGUCCAGCUGUUCCAGUAGAGGGUCAUCAGAUCUAAAUCUUCGACGACUUACUCUUUUUGGUCCUGUUAGAGAGACGCAGUUUCCUACCAGUCAUUAAGAGGUUGAGAGACAAUGGCAUUCGAUAUAGAUGGGGCGCCUUGGGAACCCUGUUGGUGCCUCGCGGUGACUCCCUACUCACUUUGUCAGCAACAGAGGACCCAGCAAACUUUCUAGCUGCCCUGCAGCUCUCGCAAAUGCAGUCGGCUGCAGUGGGCGGAUAGAUGGCUCCAAUUACUGAAGGCCUUCCGCUGGGUCAGGAGCGUGGGUCUGAAGCGAAAGUGGAGAGAAGCAGGCCCCAGUGGCUGAACCCACCAUAGGUUCCUUGAAUAGGAGAGGGCAAUCAUAGGUGGCCUGCCGAGCCUCAAUUGGGGUUCGCUUGUGACUAGUGAUGUUGCGAACCGUUCGCGAACUUGCCGUGAACGGUUCGCCGCGGUUCGCCACGAACCGUUCGCGGCAAACUCCGGUCAGCUGACACAUCCCUGCCAAUCUCCAGCAGACCCUCCCUCCCAGACCCUUCCACCACCUGGACAGCAUCCAUGUUGAAGCUGCCUUCAACAUGGAUGCUGUCCAGGAAGUAGGAGGGUCUGGGAGGGAGGGUCUGCCGGAGAUUGGCAGGGAUGUGUCAGCUGACCAGAGUUCGCCGCGAACGGUUCGUGGCGAACCGCGGCGAACCGUUCGCGGCAGGUUCGCGAACGGUUCGCGACAUCACUACUUGUGACAGCAUAUUAAUUAUUAUUUUAUUAUGUAGCAAUUUACGUUUUUCGUUCCAAGACAUUCCUACCCACUUUCUAUGUCUUUAGAGUCAAAGAGAUGGAAAUUGUUGGUAGUGAUGAGUGACAUUACGGCUACUGCCUAAAUGAUGUGCCUGCUUAAAACGUGUACCCGCCAUGUGACACAAGUAGCCAGAGAUGGGUGGAGGAUAUAAACAAGAAUAAAUAUGAGGGCAGGAAAUAAGUGAGGUUCCCCUUUCCCUUGCACACCUUUCAGCAAGGUUUCUUUUUACGACAAGUAUUCAAAAUAUGUAUUUUAUGGAUUUAAGUAACUUUCUAACAUCUUAAAUGUUGUCCUUGUUUAUUAUUAUUAUUAUUUAAUUAUUUAUAUAGCUGUUUGACACUGAUGUAUGAUUCCACAACAUAAAUAAACAAUUUAAAAAAUAGGCUAGUAAAUGUUGCUACUAAAACUAGUCACUGAUUAAAUGGAAAGUAAACUAAAUUAACAUAGUGAAACAGGCAUAGACAUGUGAUACAGUUACCACGCCAUUGAUCAUCUGCUGAGAGUAAGAUAAAAGAAAGCUUGUGCUAUUCACAGGGCUAUUAUCAGGUUAGCCCUUCCUUCUUUUGGACACACCUCCCUCAGCAAAUCCCUCAGGAUCUAACAGAACCAGAGUGCCUCCUGGGGGAUGGGGGAUUGCACUGGAUGAGAAUGGAGGAGGAGUUUAUAAACAACCCAACUGCUUUUACCUGGUGAAAGGCCAUGUGCUCACAGAGGACUCCAUUAUUGCCUAAAGGUAGAAUAGGGCUUGAAUCCCUGUGUUAGAACACAAUUCCACUUUGUUGGAAUACAGCGUGGCUGUUAAUCAGCCCCCCCACUUAUUACAAAGGCGCUUUCUGUGGUGGACAGGGGUCAUCACGAGCACUCUGACCGGUCUGUGACAAUGCAGCCCCAUAUGCAGCAAACUGCGAUGCACUGUGUGUUCUGACACCUCUCUAUCACGGCCAACAUUACUUUUUUUAGCUACAGUAGCUCUUCUGUGUGAUCGGAGCAGACAGAUUAGCCUUCAUUUCCCAUGUGCAUCAAUGAACCUUGGGCACCCAUAACCCUGAUGCUGGAUUGUCCUUACUUGCACCCCUUUUGGUAGGUAAUAACAACUGCAUACUGGGAACACCUCACAAGACUUGCCGUGUUGGAAAUGCUCUGACCCAACCAUCUAGCCAUCACUUUGGCCAGAUCUUUUUGCUUGCUGAUUAUUCCUGCCUCCAACAAAGGUAAUUCACUAAAGUGGACAUUGACCCAAAUUCCAGGUUAAUGUAAAAUUUUAUGCAUUUUUUUUAACAUAACUAAUUCCGGGAUUUUUUCCAAAUAAGCUGUUUUGGCCUAAAAUUGGAAUCCCAGCUCCAGCCGUUGACCUCCGGGCUCGUCCACCGGCUGCCCCGUGGUAUUCCCUACUCAUUACCCGGUUAUCGGGCUUCCGGUCACGAGACCGGCACGCUCAUGUAAGCAUCAACUUGGGAAAUAGUGUUCUUCUUUCGUUAAAUAUUUUACCGAACGCUUAUACUCACCUUACGUUCGCUUGUUUCUCACUUUCAUUCAAACGAAACAUGUACUAACGACUUUGUUACUAGCCUUUCUUUUAAUAAAAUCUAUCACAUGCGGUCCUAUUAUAUUCCUCUUGCACUUUCGUUAGCUGAACGCAUGAGGUUUUAAGCAUUUUAAUAUUUAAGUAUGUUCCUCUAUGUAUUCUUUUAUAACAUAUGUUCACGGUUCUCGCUACGUUUUCCCUUAAUCUAAACGGCACUAUUCGCCACUCAUUAUCACAAUUAAUUAUGCAUAUAUUCCCAGGGGUAUUCUCUUAAAGAAACAGUUAACCACUUUAUUGUUUGUUUUUCCUCUCUCAAGGGGCUGAGCCCCAUCAAACCUCUUAAAUUUAUCAAGCUCCAUGCUUAAACUUUUCAGAAGCCCUUAUUUCUUAAUUUCUGUUUAUAUUGAAACACUAUACUCAGGUUCCUUAUUCUUACUAAAUAAAAAUGUUUUAGGUUGUACUACUCUUUCUUCAAGAAGACUCCAGGAGGUGGUUCCAGUAUCCCGUUUCACGGCAUCAGGUAAAAAAUUUAAGUUUCUCCUGAGGCCUCAUUUCAGCCUCCACAGCCUUUUUUACAAUACCCUCACACCUCCUAAAGUGGGUUCAAAUCUCUAAACACACCAGGUUUAAAGAUGCCUCACUCUCCAUGUUACUAUUAUAUUAACCCCUUAAGGACACGUGACAGAAAUACUCUGUCAUGAUUACCUUUUAUUCCAGAAGUUGUGUCCUUAAGGGGUUAAGUGUUAAUUCUGUUUUAAUUUCUACAUAUCAUUACUUAGACCUGCACCGUUGCGCAGAUCCACUACGCCUUCAACGACCAUCAGGCUACCUGGUUCCUGACGUUUCAGUAUCAGGUAUCCUUAAAUCUUACUCACUACAAUUACGUCCUUCUAAGACCUCACUUUGCCUUCAUAUCUGUCACAAAUACUGCUCAGUUGUGGGAACCCAGGGGCUUGUCUCAAAAAAUUUUGGACCAACGUUCAGGUCCCUCUGAUUACACAGGUGUUUACGAUACAGUUUCACUGUUACACACCAUUCCAUACGUUAUACAUUUUUACACUUGGCAUACCAAUGGCAUGCCUCAGGCCUACUAGCAUCUUUCUUACCCCUAGGUUCCUGGACUGGACCUGUUCUUCACAGUAUAAAUAGACAUAUAUAUUGAAGUCGCCCUGAGCAUUGUCUAAAUAUACAGGACAAACACUCAAGGUCAGUAUCUACAUACGUUAUAUACUUCCUUCAAGAGACUAGCCCCCGUCAGGAUAGAGAACUGGCUUUCAGGGUCAGAUGCUGGCCCUAGCUUCCCCUAAUAAUACUAUGGUCCACGAGGUCUACACCCCUACCUCAUACACGGAGGUUCAGCCCCACGACCAAAUCAUAGCUAGCCACCUCGCUCGCUCUUCUUUAGGGCUACAGUGAGGGCUUCCCAUGUAAUGGCCACACGAUUUUCAAUCUCUUACAGUCAACGAGAGGCCAACAUCCUGCCACCUCGUUCUGGUGGCCACAAAACCCCCUCGGCCCAAAUCAUAGGUAGAGCCUCUCACCGCCGCUUGGCAAUAGCAGGGCCUCACCUGUCACUUGGUUCUAAUUAUAAUUCUUCGCUUCGGCAUUAGCUAGCAGGCCAGUUCUCCGGAGGUCUCACCCCACCUCCACUGUACCCUACUUAUCCAUAUCAUUAUUCCUUUCAGAAUGUCUCUAGAACCAAUCAUCGAUCCCCCAUCAGACGAUGUACCCAGCACGCCAGCCAGGCCUGGGUCUCCGGAGGAAUCCCUCACUCCUUCUACUCCCAGAUCCCUAAGAUAUUGGACCAUUCCAAAAAUAUCGGCUGAGCUCAGGCUUAGGGGGAUCCCCUUUCCAGCCACCACCAGAAAGGCAGAGGGAGAGAAGAAGGAAUUGUCAGGGGAGGGGGGGAGAGGAAAUUGGCAGGGGAGAGGGAGAAGAAAUGGGGAGGGUGGGAGAGGAAAUUGGCAGGGGAGAGGGAGAAGAAAUGGGGAGGGUGGGAGAAAAAGAAAUUGGUAAGGGAGGGGAGAAGAAAUGGGAGGGUGGGAGAAAAGAAUUUGGUAGGGGAGGGGGAGAAGAAAUGGGGAGGGGAGAAGAAGAAAUUGGUAGGGGGGGGGGAGAAGAAAUGGGGAGGGGAGAAGAAGAAAUGGGGAGGGGAGGGAGGGAGAAGAAUGGGGAGGGUGGGAGAAGAAGAAAUUGGUAGGGGAGGGGGGAGAAGAAGAAAUUGACAGGGGGAGAAGAAGAAAUUGGUGGGGGGAGAAGAAAUUGACGAGGGCGAGAGUGACAGGGGAGGGAGGGGCAAUGAGAGUGGGAAGGGGGAGGGGAGAAGAGAGUGACAAGGGAGAGGGGGGAGAAGAGAAUGACAGAGGAGAGAGAGAGGGGAGAAGAGAGUGACAAGGGAGGGGGGAGAGAUUGACAUCCAUCACACACACAUGCAAUGCACCCCUUGCACACAGAAAAACACACAAUGCAUUACACACACACACACACAAACAAUGCAACCCUUACACACAAUGCAUCCCUUACACACACGGAAACACACAAUGCAUUCCUUACACACACUCAAGGCACCCCUUACACACACUCAAUGCACCCCUUACACACGCACUGCAUCCUGUACAUACACAGAAACACACCUUGCAGCCCUUACACAUACAAACACAGAUUCACACAAUGCAUUCCUUACACACAUAUCAGGACAUCCCCUACACACUCCACCCCCUGUGAACAAACUCAUUGGUGGAACAUGAAGGUGGACCCUGGGACCCAGACCUUGAGCUGUGUAAAGGGCCCCCAAAAAAUGGAGCUGCUUCCCGUUCUCCCAGAACAUUGAUUUUUGUGACCACAGUUACAAACGCCUCCAGAGAGCCUGUUCUACACCAGACCAGUGGAGCCAGACUGCAGCUAGAGCCCAUCAUCAUCCUCAUCUGGUUGUAAGUAGGCAAUCUAGUAUAUUAUUCGUGGCACUAAUCUCUAAUUUACCUCACAUUAAAGAAACACUAUAGUCCCCAGAACCACUGCAGCUUAAUGUAGUGGUUCUGGUGUCUAUAGCCUGUCCCUGCAUGCCUUAUAAUGUAAACACGGCGGCACUGCAGCACUGGCGUUAGUUAACAUGGCAGAUCAUAUGGGUGGAGCAUUGUGAUGUCACAUGGGGGGGGGCGGCAAACUUUACUUUUGCCUAGGGCGGCAAAAUUCCUUGCACCGGCCCUGCCCACGUUUAAAUAAAAAACUCACUAUCCCACAGUUUGUUAUCAUGUUUGGCACUUAUCGCGACGUUAUCUGCACAUUGUACCCACAUAGGAGAGAAGAGCUUGAUUUAUAUAUGCACAAGGUGGUUGAUUUGGGCAUCAAGUAUGGAGGGUCCUCAUUUUACGAUUACCACAAAUCAGUUUCGGCCAAGGCAGCUACUCAUCUGACACAAUUCAAUAUUAGAAUCGAUUGGUGUCAGAUAGAUACUGAGUUAUUCUGUGGUCAUUUUGAUGGUUUGAGGCCCCCGUCUUGUGCCUCUUGUGGUUCCACUUCACACUCCACCGAUCUAUGCCCUGGGGACGCAGACCCUUCCACUUCCACUUUCUCACCCCAGCACCCCCUCACCCCACUCCCAAAACAGGAAGUUGUCCAGAGAGACAAGCUGAGUAGACCCAUCACAUUCUUGGGUAAGGCGCAGGUGUGCAAUAACUUUAACACAGGCGUAUGCAGCUACAGCGCAUGCAGGUUGUUGCACAUCUGCUUUAUAUACUUCAGAGCCCACACCAAGACCAUGUGCCCGACCCGUCUGACACCUAACAAAUAAGCUGGUUCAUCACGCACCUCCCCCUCCCCCCCAUCAACUGGGCACCACAGAAUUAGCCGGUCCAAGGCCCUACCCAAAGGCUCACACGGGUCUCACGACCUUCCCCUCACUCUUCAAAUCACUCAACCUACACCAGGUGCUACCCGCAUCUACGACAUCACAUACGGUGGUCCACCAAUUGUCCUCAAAUCAUACGACGACACCACGUCCAGACCAUGUCCCAUCCCAGUCACAUCCUAACCCAUCACCGGGUGCUGCUUACUUGCGCUCCAAGUAAUAAAAGUUGUUACUGAGAUUUCCUUUCCCUCCAGAGAUGAGAUUUCCUUUCCCUCCAGAUCCUGGAGUAGUUUCUCUCAUAACCAAUGUAUAAUUUUGUUGUAAUUUGCCUACAUUCUACUAUUCCAGCAUGUAGGGAUACACAGUUAAGCAAGAUAGAUAUAUCUUACACCUCAAUUACUACACCUCCUCUACUCAGCUGCUAACACUCUUUCAUGCUCUUAAAUUUCAGGUCUCCGGCCAGGCUCCCCCUCCGGCCCGCCUCCAAUCAGCCAGGACACCAUCGUUCCACCGGCUAACCCUGGUUUAAACUAACUUUUACUCUAUGCACAAACACUCACGCACCACGCUCUGUCUCCCAACACCACUAUCUCUUACGCUAGGGCACUGACUAUCUUUAACAAAUUCACAGCCGAGUUUUGCUUACAAGGUGACCUUUCCAUUAAAACCAUGGUGGCUUUUGCCUCCUUUUGCCAUUUACACCUAAAACUUUCACAUAAUACCAUCAAACUCUACCUUACCGGUGUACAACACCACAACCACUAACUUCCCUAACCACGCUCCUUUUCUUUCUUCCUACCCCAUUAAGAAAAUCCUCAAAGGUAUUUUCAAGGUCACAGUCCCUCCUAACACGACUAGGCUACCAACAGACGGUCCAAUAUUCCAAUAUUAUGACCUAUUGGACAAAUCCCCAUUUGACCAUAAUACUAAUUUAGUCAUGAAAUCUGCCAUUUUUUUGGCUUUCUACGGCUUAUUCAGACCUAGAGAGUUCACCGUGAUACGUCAAGGAGACACAGAACGAUGCCUCAAACUUUCUCACUUAAAGAAAGUAGACGACCAUUAUGUACUCUCUUUGCCUUCCACCAAAACUAAUCACUCUGCCUAUCCCACUAUCAUUCCCCUCUUCCCUACCGAGAAUUUGUGGUGCCCUGUACAUGUUCUGGAUAUGCUCCCGGUUUCUCACCUCACGCACUCACCAGACACUUCACUACUUCUACUCCAAGGACACCCACUCACCACAGCUAAAUCUCUAUUGUCAAUGUUAGGCUAUAAUCCAGCUUCCUUCUCUGGUCACUCGUUUCGCAUCGGCGCAGCAUCAUCAGCUUCAAGCACUAACAAUCCGGUACACAUCAUUAAGAGACUGGGAUGCUGGAAAUCCUCAAUAUACAACUCCUACAUCCCUCAACCAGAAAGGGAGCUCAGACAGGCUUUCAGAAAUCUUGCAGUUUCAAUUUACAAUAAAGUGUGUUUACUUUGAAUUCCUUUUUGCCCUCUUUUUACAGGCCUACUUGUACGUUGGUUUCGGCACACCUCAGCCAACUUUGCUUCUCCUCUACAUUCCAUUUACAUAAUAGAGAUUCCGAGCACAAGUUGGAAGGCCAUUUGGUCUGAAUUUGUAGGAGGAGUUAUGAUCCUAUAUAAACCCUACCCCCCUACUUACCUUUGCUGUUCAAGCUGUUUUGACCCCACCACCUACACCCUCCUUUACACAUUUCACUUUGUAGGCCCUCUUUUUACAGGCCUACUCGUACAUUGGUUUCGGCUCACCUCAACCAACUUUGCUUCUCCUUACAUUCCAUUUACAUAAUAGAGAUUCAGAGCACAAAUAUAUAUAUAUAUGAUUGAGUGGAUGUGUGAAUGUGACUAGUUUGGGGUAAAAUGAAAUGGUCCAUGCUACUAGGUGGGUUGUUGAAUAACAGGUUGGACAUGGCUGGGAGAAGGUGGGUGUGUAUAUAUAUAUAUAUAUAUAUAUAUAUAUAUAUAUAUAUAUAUGGGGAAGCUGUUUAUGGUUUUUGUAUUUUUGUGGGAAUAUUGUUUGUGGAAUUGCAUGGAUGCGGUAGUUGAUUGUUGUGUUGCAUUUGUGAGGGUGGCUACUUGUGGUGUUGCUUGUUUCUGGAGAUGUUGCGUGCAGGGUUAAAGCUGCUUGUGUGGUUGUGUAUGAGGAGGAAUGCUGCUUGCAAUAUUGAAUGUUUAAGAGGGAGGCUGUUGUGAGGUUGUAUGUGUGAAUAGUGCUGUUUACGAUGUAGAGUGUGUGUGCAAGUAAUUAGGGUCUAUAUGUGGAUAGGGGCUCUAGUGUGUGUGUUUAAGAGGAUAAGUGCUUUAGUGUGUGUUUUAGUGGCUAUGGGGCUGUAGUGUGUGUGUGACUAUAGUCACCGUCACUGGAAUGGAAGACAGACACUAGACACUUUUUGUAUUUGGUCACCCUGUGCCUAUUAUUGGUGCAGGGUAUGUUGAAUGUAUUGCUUGUCUGUGCCUCUCCCCCUCCCCCUUUUUCCUGUCCUAUUGUUUCCCCAGCAGGGUGUUGUCUGAGGGACACUGCCAGACCAGUUUAAACUAGCUGCCCUGUCCCUCCUCAAUCUCCCAUCAGCCCUUGCUAUUGUCUGACCACACCCUUCUUUGUACUAUAGUGCUUUAUGCACAAUUAUAUGUAAAUUAGGUUGUUGGGGGUUUAAAAUAUGUGUGCCAUGUAUAUUAAAGUUAGUUGUUGUUUUAACCUUCACCAAGUGUCGUCUGGUGUUUGGUCCACGGUGGAAAAGGCCCUCAGUGAUCUCAUUCAAGCCAUGGCGACUCGGUCUGAAGUGUUCCAGGGUCCCUGAUAGCUACGAGGAAGUGGACUUGGCAGAGGUACUCAGUUGGAGUACUGGAGAUCCGUCACAGUGUAUUUGGUACGAAAUUGUGGCUGUAGUGUGUUGGGGAGGAUUGGUUGAUGUAGUUUGUGUCUGUGGUAAAUUGGAGCUGUAGAUCAUGUAUGAAGGUGAUAGGGACUUCAGUGUGCGUUUGAGAGGAAUAGGGACUAUGGUGCAUGUUGGGGGUAGAUGGACUAUUGUUGAGGGGGACAUAGGAACGGUAGUGGGGGGAUAAGACUGUGGGCAAUAGGAGAUGUGGAGGGGUAUAUUCCUUAAAAGCAAAUGGUUGUUACAGGCUCACAGAUAGUCAAAUGCACACAUACAUUUAAAGUGACACAGACAUGAACACAGAUACACAUUCAGAGAUACAUACAUAUACAUUUACUCACAGACAUGCACUCAUAGUCAUACGUAACUCAUUAUUAUUAUUAUGAUAUUAAUAGAGCGCCGUCAAAUUCCGCAGCGCUUUACAAUGGGUGGACAUUGAGGAGGGGUUGAGGGCCCUACUCAAUGAGCUUACAUGCUAGAGGGAGUGGGGUAAAAUGACACAAAAAGGUAAGGAUAGUAUUAGACUAGUGACAGUUGCAGAAGAGGAAUCAGUCAGGAGCUAUUAACAGUUUAUUUGAUACUUUUUUAUGAAGAAGUGGGUUUUUAACGAUUUUUUGAAGGAGUGGAGACUGGGUGAGCAUCUAACGGAGGAGGGAAGCGAGUUCCACAGGAACGGUGCAGCCCUUGAGAAAUCUUGAAGGCGAGCAUCAGAGGUGGGAGUACGGACAGAAGAUAGACGUAAGUCUUCAGCAGAUCGUAAGGGCCUAGACGGGACAUACUUGUGUAUAAGGGAGGAUAUAUAGGUGGGAACAUUAUGUAGAGAUUUGAAAGCAAGAACCAGAAUUUUAAAUUGAACACACCUAUACAAUUACAGGCACAAUAAUGCACGUAGACACAAUUCACAGCAAUACACAUUAAAUACACUCUCUGUUCUUGUCCUCCCAUAUCUGUCUCUCCAGUAGACCCAUUCAGCAUACUGCUUCACAGAGCUCUGUGUAUGAGGAGAGAGUGGGAAAUGUAAUGUCACACACAGAGCGCCAUGCAGGAUACAAGAGACUGUCUUCAUCAGUGGGCAGUGUGAGCGAGCAGCCAUCUUGCUGCUCCUGAGGUCUCACUGGGGUGGUGCCUCUGUCAUAGGGAGAUGAUAUCAUAGGAACCCUGGGGCAGCAUUGCUUGACAAGGUGCUAGUCAAAUUGAUCGGCAUUAGACCAAAAAAAAAUGCAUAAAUAUAUGACAGCUAAUAGGGUCAAAUGCCACCCCAGCCCACUUGGUGCGCCAAAGCAAUGGCCUCAGUGGCCUUGUGGCAAGUACUGUACUUAGAUGAAAUUCUGAAAUUAAAUUUGCCAUUUUUAUUGUGUUACUUUCCAAUAGCCCUUAUGUAGGCAUGUACUGCCUUGUGCUACACACAAAUCAGAAGCUAAAUCUGUUUCAAAUAAAAAUGAAAUACAGCUAGAUCUCCAAUUCUAUAAAUCCAAUUUAGUCAAAACAUCUUCCAAGCCACACUUAGUCCAGAGAUGGUGGUAUUGACAUCGGUAGAGUGGUCUUAGAACAGAUCAAAGAUACAAAAUAACUAUUAUGAUGAUCAGGUAUGUGAACGUAAAAUCUGAAAAUCUCAUUAUGUUAAUACACUGUUCUCCAUUGUGAUGAAACACAUUGUUUCUCUCUUAAUGCAAACAUUUUCUAUUAUUCUUCAAUAAUAAUAGAACCAUAUUGUAAAGUGAAGAUGUGUAAACAGAGAUAUUUACAUUAUCAUCGGAAUGAAUACGCCUCUGAUAAUGCAUUCAUAGUGACAGCUUCACAUAUGUGUUUAUUCCAUUGUGCUGUUAAAAUAUGGUGAUUGUAAGAUUAAAUAAUAACAUAGGGCUUCUACCUAAACAUAGGAGUUACAGGUUGCAUCAUCUGCAUUGUGUUUAAAAAAGAACUCUGAACUACUUAUUCACUAAUCUGGAAACCAGGAAGAACUAACAAGAGAAUUGAAAAAUCAGCCGGUAGCAAUGAUAGGGCUAGAAUUAAGUAUAUUUUUCAGUUUAGCUAUGUGACCUGGAAUUUAGAAUUUUCACAAUUCACAGUUUAGCGAACAAACCUGACACUGCUUACCUUACCAUUAGUUAUACGUAUAUAUACUUAAUCCCCUCUCCUUUGUCUUGUGAUUAGUGUGAGGCAACGAUGUUUGGAAGAACAGAAGAGGAGGAGACAGCGAGCAACAAAAAAAAUCAGCACGUUCAUCGGCACUUUUUUGUUGUGUUUCUCUCCAUAUGUCAUCACCAGGUAAGUCUGGAUUCUCUGAAUAUUUCUAGUUUUAUCCAUCUGUAAAUAUGUACAACAGGGAUGGAUGUAUCCAUCAUCUCCACUGCAUCUGUGUCCAUUUGUAUUUAUUCUGAAUUAACAAAAUCAGGAACAAUAGGUAAUAGAAUGUACAGAGAAACUACAGAAAAAAUACAAAUGAGAUUAUUCACUAAAGUGUUAAUGGUCAGAAAUUCAAAGUGAUUUCAAAAGUAUUUUUAAAGUAAUUUUAAAGGAACACAAACAUUCAUUCUUGACCCUAUAGUAUUAAAAACACCGUGUAGCCUCCCCACUACCUUCUUGUCCCCCUAAAUAUUGUAAGUCUGCUGGUGCUAGCUCUGCCCCUUAUAUGCAUCCUUGUCUGCCAUCAUCAGAAGUGAUGUUCUCAAUCAAUCAAAAUGCUUUUGGAUAGGAAAGCAUUGGAUUGGCUGAGAGUGUCAAUUCUGAUGAUCUCAGCCAAUGAGGUGAGUCAGGGGGCAGAUCCAAAUACCACCCUGACUAAUCAGCAUCUCCUCAUAGAGUUGCAUUGAAUUAAUGCAUCUCUAUGAGGAAAGUCCAGUGUCUCCAUGCAGAGGGUGGAGACAAUGAAUGUCAGUGCUGCACAUUGUCACAUUGUGCAGCACUACCCCACGAAGCACAUCUAGUAGCCAUCCGAGGAGUGUCAACUAGAGGUGUCCCUAGGCUGUAAUGUAAGUGCUGCCUUUUCUCUGAAUAAACAGUGUUUACUGAAAAAGCCUGUGUGGACUGACUAUACUCACCAGAACAACUACAUUAAGCUGUAGUGACUAUAGUGUCCCUUUAGUUUAUAAGCCAAAAUAGUCAAACCAUAUACAAAUCUCAUUUUUAGAUUUGUUUCCAGUUUCGCUAUUAUGACCUAAUAUUUGAAGUUUAUUUUUCUACCUCUUUGAAUUCCUGGAAGUUCACACUUUAGUAAUUGUCACGACAGCAGCCAAAUUAGUAAUACAACGACUACAGAAUCAAUAAGUCUAGUGUCUCAGCGAUCAAUGACACAACAGCUGUAGAAACCUAAUCCCUAGCUUCUAUUCUUCCAAUAAAAUCACCCCAGCAAGUGUCAGCAAGUGCCUGGACAUUUUUAAUGUCCCUGCAAGUGAAAAUCAGUUUGCUGGAAACUGUAGAAUUAAUAGUAAAUAAAAAAAAAAAUCAAUGAACCAAAAACUGCAGAAUUAAUAGUAGAACUGCAGUUCUAAUAACUGAGAUUUAAUAAUAUAGCAACUGCAGACUCAAACUAUAGCAACUGCACAAAUAAUAGCAUAGUGACUGCAGAAUCAAUUAUACAUCUGCACAAUCAAUAGGUAAAACUAUAAAAUUUACAACAAAACUGGUGAAUCAAUUAUAAGCAGUUACUGCAGAAUUACUAAGAAACACGCCUCAUUUCCAAAUUGGAGCAGUAAUAUUCCUGCAUACUGAAAGAUAAAUGCAUUGAACAUGCCUUGAAUGGAAUGUGCUAUAUCACCAGAUGACUUCCUAUCUGGUACCCUUAGUCACUGCUUGCAAAACAGUUAAAACAGAACUAGUGGAAGAAUUUUGUCUACAGAAGUUACAGAUCUCUUGCAUGCCUACCGUUAGAACAUCUGGUCAAGGAGUGAAGGUUGUGUAGGGCUAACAACACCCUUAUACCUCUCAGUCUCGGCAGUAACUAUGUAUUGCCUCUCUUCUACAGGCUCGUUGAGAUAUCCUCCUCAACUCCGAUCAACUCUACCUGGGGCAUUGCCAGCCGGUGUCUAGCCUACAGCAAGGCUCUGUCCGACCCCUUUGUUUAUUGUCUCUUACGGAAUCAGUAUAAAAGUUGUUGUCGAGAUAUGGUCAACAAAAUCUUAAAGCGCAGUUCUUCUGGUCAGUCUUCUGCAGAGAGGGUGAACUCAUAUGUAGGAAAUUUGGUGCCAGCAACUGAACAAUAAGGUCAAGAGAUCCUUCAACCAAAUACAG